AAACUUAACACGGGGACUUUUGAUGCACCGAGGGAAGUCUGAGUCUUUUUUUUUUUAGAAUCCAGAGACAUGCAUAAACUUCUAUUUUGGGCAUCAAAUUUUGCUAUGGACACCCAUGAACUUUCCAGAAACCCAAAGCGCGUCUCACAGGCCCAGUUGCUUUUUUCACUUAUUCUUUUAUUUUUAUUUUCUCACAGCUGCUUUACUUCAAUCUCCACUAUCCCCAAACCCAGAUGAACACGAACUUGGUACGCCAUUCUUGCCAAGCCGAAGCGGGGAUGGAUCUGGAGACAGAAGUCCAUUUAGCGAUGGAGUUGAAGAUGGGCCGCGACUAUAUUCUUGUCCCAAAGGGAUUUCACAGCCUGCAAUUGAGAUUUCUGUACACAAGUUGGUGGCUCUGGGCUUUGAAUCUUGUCUUCUGGUGUUAAAACUUAACCGCGGUGAGUUCGAACAAGGCAAAAGUGCAGUGUUUACUUUGGGUUGCCAGCGAAUUGAAAGCAAGGCUCCUGUCUUUGACUCCAAGUGCUAUAAGGAAGACACGCAUAGACUAUUGCUGACAUCGAGAGUACAAAACAAGUACAGGAGCUGUGGUGUCAUAAAUUCCAGAGUUCCAGACUUUUGA